AUGGCAUCUGUAUCACGGGCAGUAGAGCAACCAAAUUCAAGCAUUUUGAAUGCCGAUAUGACACCUAUUCAGACUAAACUCGUGCUACUUGGUGAAGCGGCUGUAGGAAAGACAUCGGUCGUGUACCGAUUCGUGCAGGACGACUUUCAAGAGAACCGGGAACCGACCAUUGGCGCGGCUUUUCUAACACAGCGAUGUCGCCUAGAGGAUCGGCUAAUUAAGUUUGAAAUUUGGGAUACGGCUGGUCAGGAACGAUUCCACAGUCUUGCGCCAAUGUACUACCGCAACGCACAAGCUAGUGCGGUAGUGUACGACAUCACGAAAGCGGCAUCCUUCGAGAAAGCGAAGAAUUGGGUCAAGGAGCUUCAACGCCAAGCGAACCCUCACAUUGUUAUUGCUCUAGUUGGAAACAAAUUGGACCUUGUAUCUGACAAAUUGAAUCCAAGUGAGGAAGAAGACUCUGCUAAAAAGGUAGAGUCCGACGAUACCGAUGAAGACGCGGCACCCGCCGCACAACGAGAAGUUGCUUGUUCAGAAGCUCAGCAAUAUGCAGAUGAAAUGGGUCUUUUGUUUUUCGAAACGAGCGCAAAGACAGGUGAAAACGUGCUUGAGACAUUUACAGAAAUCGCCAAGCACAUUCCGCUAGAGGCCAAACCGACGUCAAAUCAGACUACGCCGUCGGCAGGCAAUGCGCGCACUGAACUGGUAGACCUCCAACGUCGGGCCAAUGUUUCUGGACGUGAGGGUUGCAGCUGUUAA